ACUGCAGAGUGGGACCUCAUGCUUGACAAGAAGUAGAAACGUAAAGUGUGAGAAUGACUUCGUUGUUGAAGGUUAUGUACGCCAGGAGGAUACUGGCAGCAUGUGCACGUCAACAUUCAUCCCUUACAACUGAACUGAUUGAAAACAUGGAUAAGAAGGCGACCUGGGACCGCUUUUAUGCCGAAAACAACAGGACAUCCAGCUUUAAGAACUUUGAGUGGUUCUUUGGCUUCGAUUCUGUCCGACACAUCAUCCUGCCCUAUUUGCAGACCAUGUCCCACAACAGUGAACUGCUUCGAGUCCUGGAUAUGGGCUGUGGCACUUCUGCUUUGGGGCCCUGUAUAUACAAAGACUCUCCUUUCCCUGUCAAGGUGACAUGUGCUGACAUUUCUCCUGUAGCUGUGCACCUAAUGCAAGAACACAUCAGAGCCAAGGCUAUUCAACCUCAAAAUCUUUCUUCUCAGCUGGAGUUUAUUGAGCUGGACUGCACACAACUCCACAGUCACUAUGGUUGUAGCAGUGUUGACCUUAUAGUUGAUAAAGGCACCAUAGACGCCUUGUUGAGGUCUAAGGAGGGGAAAGAUAAGACCUGCCUGGUGCUGAAGCAGUGUAUGAAGGUUCUGCGGAGGUCAGGGUCUCUGCUCCAGUUCUCUGAUGAGGACCCAGAUGCCAGGCUGAUGUGGCUGGAGACUGAAGCACAGGAGCAGGGAGUGAUGUCAGCCAAUGUGGGAGUACAGGAGGUUGGAGACUUAAGAGGAAUAUUAUACUACUGCUAUCAAGUGACUCCUCACCCUACUGUUCAUUAAUAACUGCUGCUUGUGCCGCUGGAUGACCUGAAUGUUCUUCAUUUGAAAUUAAUUGUUGAAUAUAUGUAAAUAUUGGAUGUGAUUGUCAAUACAUUAAUUUACAUAUAAGGUAGACCUGUGCAUAUCAAUUCAAUUUUCAAGUACUCAUUUUUUAGAUUAACUGUGAGGCAACAUUUACUUUUAGAUGUAGAAUGGCCAGUUUACUGCUCUCAUUACUAGUUAUCUACUGCCAUCUUGUGGCUUGCAGACAUACUACCUACUACAUUUAGUAAACCAUGAGGAAAGUGCAAUGUAUCAGCAAGGUAAGGAGAAGCAGUAAAAUGGUAAGUCUUUUAGCAUUGUAUGCUAUGUUCAUUGGUUCGUGGUGGUGCAUCAAUGUGUAUAUUGCAUUUUGCUACUGUAGAUGUUUCAGGUUGACUUAAUUUAACUUCUGACAUACUAUGUAGUAGUAUAAUCUACAGCAAUGCAUCAUAAUUCCACAGGAUCAUCAUAAUAUUGCAGUCAUGUCUUAAAAAAUAAAAUUUUCCUAAACUCUGAGAAACUCCCAAUGCAUUUACCAGCUAAUCCAGAGGGUUUUAAUGAGUUUAUUCACUUUAUGAAAAUAGAAUUUUCUCAAGCCAUAAAAAAAUGUAAUCCUUCAUUUUAUCACUUCCAUUUAAAAUAAACACAUUUGGAGAUGCAUAGUUUGUAAUUAAAAGUAACAACAGACAAAUGCAGUGGAGUAAAAAGUGCACUAUUUGCUAUUUGGAUGUAGUUAAAAUUCCAUUAAAUCAGUAACGCAAACCAUGACAACUAAGAGCAAAUAUUUAAAAAAACAAAUCCACCAUCUUGUUUUUUGUUUCUGAAUAGUGACUAUAAAGCAGCAUGGAGUUAACAUUCUCAAGUAAAAUACAAGUACUUACUAAAAUUAAAACAUUUGACACAACAGUGCAGCAUAGAGAAAAUGAUCAUCAGUAUAAAAGUAUUAAGAAUUUAAUACAGUGCAAAGAAUCAUAUGCAGUCGUCAUCAUUGUGCACUGCAUCUUUUAGUAUUUUAAAAGAAGCUAAAGAAGUUCACUGGAUCUUCUCCAUUUUCCUCCAGACGGGCAUCCGUACAGAACGAUGGAGGGAGGAGCUCCUGUGGGUCCACAAGUCCGAUCACAUUGUUGAAGAAGCUGAAGGCGAAAACAGAAAAGAAGCAAUAAAAAAAAAGUUGAGGGGGGAGGCAUCCAGGAAGACAGAGGUUAGAUGAACAGAGAGGCUAAAAGAGGCUUAAGGAUCUAUGUAAUAAAAAUAAUUCCAAAAAUGCAACACACCACUAAGGAAAUGAUGCUGAAUCUUUACAAAUGCACUACAGUUCAAUGAUAUAAACAGUUAAGCACCAUUGGUAGGUUUUCAAUUCUGGUUAAGAGUGUGAAAUGUCAGUUUAAACUUUUUUUAUCUAAAUAAUAUGUAGUUUUGUUUGCACUUUUCAAAAAUAUGUAAUGGACAUGUCAGACUUUUGAUAUGCACAUGAAUUAAUCCAAAUGUAUUUAAAAUAACUUUAAGAAAGGUAUCCAGCAUUAUUCUGUGACGUUCCUCAUAUUGACUUUUUAGUAACACAUGUAUUUGCAUAGGGAGAGUCCCCUGCUGACAUUUUUAUGGGCUCACACUGACCUGGUCACCAGCCAUCCAGUUUUCUCAGUGUGAAACAGAGUGCUGACAGGAAUGCAUCCAAACUCAGUAACAGUGCUCAUGUACUUUCCUGCGAAUGGGGAAGUGCAUCACGAGUUAUCAGAGCAAGCGCAACCAGAAAAGCAGGUUCAAUAGAUAGAAACAAAACAAUCACAGCAAGUCAUAUGUUACAUGACAGUAGUCAAUUUCCUCCAGUCUGCCUUCACACUACCUGUUCCUUGCUUCAUCUUCACUUGUCCUGUCCAGGUGUUGACCAGAAGUCCCUGUCCGAUACCAGAGGAGGCACCCAAAAUUGCCUGACCCAGCAGAGUUGCAUUAUCUGGGACUUGAAGUGGGUGGAAUUCUCGACACAGCUUUCUCUUGAUACAAGUCUGGUUCGCCCUGUCAAUCUUGUACAUAACACCCUAGAGGACAACAUGAUACUGUACAGUAUUUUGUUGUCUGUUACACUUUUAAAUGUGAUUAAUGGCUACACUGGAAUCACCUCUCUGAAGAGUAGGAGUAGAUCAAAGUGGUAGGAUUUAUUGUUGUAAUGUACAAACUCAUUCAGGUGGAUGCGCUUUCCCCAUGCAUCAUAGGAGUACUUGGCAUACACCAUCAGCUUCUCACUUGCACUUGACUAUUUAGUGAAAAAAAAAAAGAAUGAAAAGUAAUCCAGCAGAAAUUUGGUUUAUGCAGCUUCCUCAAGUGAAGACUUACCACUGAAAGGGAUCCAGUCAGUAGCGGUGGGGAACCUGUUAGAAUGAAAGCGGUAGUUGUAUGGUUUUAAUCUAUAGGAACCUCUUAAAUAGAGUGUAUUACUACAACAUACUACAACCAUCAUAUAUUCCAAAACACAGAAGACUGAUUAACUAGAAAAGCACUUGGAGAGCGCAGACCUCUGCCAAGGCAGAUCAGCCCCCCCAUCACCACCAAAAUGUAAUUAUUUGUUCCUUGUGCCAGUAUCAACAUUUCCUGAAAAUUUCAUCAAAAACCUUCUGUAACUUUUUGAGUUAUCUUGCCAACAGACAGACAGACAAACCCCGAUGAAAACAUAACUGCUGCAAAUGUAGAAAUCAACCCGUGUUAAUCACCUUAAAAUAUUUGUUGUACUUACGACAUUUUGAUGGUCUCUGAGCAAGGCAGCCCACUGCAAGGCACACAAGCAGGAUGAGGCAUCUCAUGUUGUCACUUAGCAGAUAUUUUUACACUGUAGCAACUACCUCAGAGUUCACUUCCUUAUAAAUACACUAUAGAGGAUCCAAGUCUGUGUCCGCCUCCAGGUUUUCUGUCAGUCCUCAUGAGCAAAUACGCCUAUCCUGUCAAAAUAAAGGUAAAACCUGGUCAGUCAGUCACUGCCAGUUGUAAAAUGUAUAGCAAAAAAUCAAGUUCAGUUCAAUACAAUAAUCUCUAAAUGUAAGUCACUUUAAGGUUUGGUAGAUCAUUAAAUCGGGGUCACCAUCCACUAGCCGAUAUAUUCCACAAACAACAAAUAGAGAC